GAUUAUUCAGGAUUUUGAAAAUUAUUGGUUUAGAUAUUAUACUUUUAUAUACUUUUCACUUAAAAAUGAAUCAAAACUAUUAAAAGGGAAGAAGUUUUUAAAAAUCUAAUAUUUAAAUUUUUUGGAGUCAUGUAUAACUAUUUAUUAUUUUUUUGGUGAUACCAUUAAUCAUUCUAACCAUACAAUAUUUUAAAUAUUUUUAACAGAUCCUAAUAUUAUUCCUUAUGAUACCUUUUCUAAGAAAAAUAUUUCAUCAACCAUGUUUUUGUACAAUAAUGUACUUGAAACUCCAAACAAAUACCCAAAAAAUUCAAAUACCUAUAAAUUCAAAAUCUUAUCCAAAAUCUGACAUGAUGAACUGAAAAAUACCCAAAAUUUUAUUCAAAUUACCAAUUUUUUUUAAUUUGAAAAUUUACCUGAAAUAAAAAACUAUAAUCGUAAACCAAAAACUUAGAAAAAUAUCCAUAAUACCGGAAACAUAUUCGAAAUAUCCAAAUAUACCUAAUAAACACAACGUAUUUAUGAUCGGGUCUAGGGUAGGAUCCAGACUCAAACAAAGACCUGCGGGUCCAAAAAAAAACCAAUAGGUUAUCUUUUCUGGACCUGAACUAAACCUAUAUUUUCGGAUCGGUUUGUUAUUAUUUUGAUCCGGAUAUAAUUUUCAUACCUAAAAGAAACUUUUACGUAAAAGUAUAUGUAUAAAAUCUCAAAUAAACUAAUUCAUAGAUUAUAUAACUGUUAAAAAUUAUAUUUUUCGAUAUAAUAAGACUUUGUAUUAUAAUAUAAUCCAAUAAAUCUGCGCUUGAAGGUCAAAAUCUAGUAUUUUGUUAAAUUUCUAGUUAGUGGUUUAACACGGACUUUUCAUGGUAGAUAAAAUAAUAACUAUCCAGAGUUAAGGUAAUGAUAGCUAUUCAAAAAAAUAAAAAAAUCUUUUUGUUAUCCAGAUUAUCCUUCCUGUUUUAUUAUAAACAUUUUGGAUAGUGCUUUAUAAUAUCCAAUUUACCAGUUUUCAUCAAUAUAUAUCAUGCUGUUUCUCAUCCUGGUUUCUGAUAUGAACAAGCUUGCAAGUCAUGGCAAAUAAUGAAUUCUCUCGUAUAUUAAACUUGUGAAAUAAAAAAACAAAUUCCAAAUAAAUAGGCAAGAUUGGUUAUUUUAUCCCAAUGGUGAGACGGCAUUACCAUAUUGAUGUUAUAUUGUACUGUUUCUUUCAUAUAUACUUGUGAAUUAUGUCCCCAUGUAAAUAAUACUACUUUGAUCUAUUAUUUUAAAAAAAAGUCUUUUCAAAUUAUGUUUCCACACCUUCAAAAGUUACUAUAUGUAUGGAUAAAUUCAAGAAAAUAUAUAAUUAUAAUGUGUCGGCACGUUGAUUGACUAGCUACGACUACGACCACUACAAUUUACAAAAGAUGAAACUAUCAUAUUAACCAAUUAAUGGUAAUUCGAUGGUUAGCAUCUGAGUUAUAUGGUCUAUCAGAGCGAUUACAAAUUCAAUACUAUUUUAUAAUUUAUAUCAUGGAUAAUUUUUGAGAAAACAAAUAAAUAUAAUAGAUAUUGUUCAUCUUAAUACCUAGUUUUCUUGUGGCUUCUAAAGAUUUUCGGAGUUUUAAUUCAAAAGUUUUUGUCAAAGAGAGUUCCCAUUCAACAUUUUAGGUUAAAAACAUAUAAUCGGUUAUAGUAGAUGGACAAUUUAAUAUUUAACUACUUACAUUUACAUUUAAAAUAACUAACUUAAAGAAAAAAUACUGUUAAAUUAAGCGACUUAUAUUUCAUGGCUGAUAUUUUAAUUAUUUAACAAUAUUAUAAUUACUUUGUAAAAUAUAUUGAAUCAGACAUCAGUGUGCAACUUUCUAUUCUUUUUUUUUUGCAACUUUCUAUUCUAUUUCUCAAUUUAUCAGAUUUAUUGUAAUAAUAUUUUCAUAAAAUAAUAAUGUAAAUAUAAAUGUACCAUAAACACAUGAAGUUAUACAUAUUAACGUAUAUUUUUAAGAUUAGUAAUAACUAAUCAAUUAUUCAAAGUUAAACUGAUACUUACAUUAUAAAGAGAAUGCAGCUGUAGUUUCACUUGUAUUCUUUACUUUAUCUUAUCAAAAAGAUAAGAAAAUCCAAAACACAUAAAAACUUAGACGUAAUAUGCUUUUUCUUAGAUUCUUCGUCAUUAAGCUAAGCCAUCGUCUUCGUCAAGACCCACACACCAUUUUCUCUCCGUAAGUCUAAUUUGAAAGCUGAAUACAAACUCCAAAUCUUCGUUUCUAUAGGUAUAUAACUUUAACAUACAAAAAAGGAAAGAAAUUAUACUAUGACGACCGAAGAGAAGAAAACAUACAUGUCAUAGCUUAAUAAUUGUUUAAUUAUAGCUUAUACAUUUUCGUAACCUAUUUUUUACUGAAAAAGGGGACAUCUAGUCUUUUAUUAUAUAGUUUAAUAUGUUGUUCUUAUAGACAUUGAUCCAUAACACUAUGACAUCCUUAACAUCCGUUGCUGAUGAUAACUGCAAGUUAUUAAUCGAAAUACAAAUGAAAUAUACACUAAUCUUACAAUGAAAAUGUGAAACUAAUAUCCUAUCUCUACACGUAAAAAGUAGUGCCAAGCAGCUAAGAGAUUAGAAGAUGAGAGUUGUGUAACAAAAAAGGAUAAAAGUAAUAAAAAGCAAUAUCGAAACAAAAGGUUUAAAAGAAUAUAAAAACAAUUAAAAUAGUAAUACCUUAUAUCCAGAGUGCUAGUGGACAAGCAUUGCAAAUAAUCUCUAGAUUCACUCAAAUUAUAACAUUUUAAUUUUUAAAUACUUGGCACUUCUUAAGUGGACAAACUAACCCUAAAUGGGUCCCAUGUGCACUUACUAAUUUUUCUCUAUAAAUAGCCACACAUGGUUCAUGUGACACUUCCCCUCCCUCUCUUGCUUUCAUUCUUCUCAUACUUACAAAAUUGAUCAUACCAAUAACCGGUUUAGUACUAUACCCGAUAUAUAUUUUUCCACUAAAAGCGAUGUCCUCAACCAGUUUAGAGCCGGUUCAUAUCUGCUUUGAUGAUGCUACCAUAACCGGAGAUGAAAUCACAGAAAUUUUGGCAUUUCUUCAAUCAGAUACGUCGGACAACCCGAGCGGUUCAAACGAGUUGGAAGCACCGGUUGAUGAGAGGAAGAGAAAGCGAACGAUGUCAAACCGGGAAUCAGCAAAGAGAUCAAGGUUAAGAAAGAAGAGACGUUUUGAGGACUUAACCGAAGAGGUAAACCGGCUGAAGUCUAAGAAUCAGGAGCUUGUUAACCAGCUGGCUAAUGUGUUAAGCUGUGGUAAUGCCAUAUCAAAGGAGAAUAACCGAUUGAAAACUGAAUCGGUUUGCCUUGAGAUCAGGCUUCUAGAGUUGUACCGUUUUUUAGUGGCCAUGCAAUCGCCAAUCUCAACGAGGUUAAAUUACAUUUCAAAGCUUAUGAUUUAAGUUAAAAACAAAAUCAAAAUUGAGAUUGAGCAUUUGUAAAGAGGUUUAACGAUUUUACUAAGAAGUUUUACGCUUCGGCUAAAAGAUACAUGUGUAUAUGUGAAUGUUUAUGUGUAAUCUAUAUGUGAAACUUAUUUUAUCA